AUGUUCUUGAUACGGCUGGUUCUCUUCUCGGCAUUGGUGUUAAUUCACUUGUCUCCUACGGAAGGGACUUUCUUUGCGGUGCGAGGGGGUUGCAUCGAUGAUCCUGGAAAAUGGACUGCGUGUGUUCACUCCGCCGCUGAAAAUGGGGCCGUUGUUGCGUUUCUUCGUGCUCAGGAAAUGUCUGCCGCCGGAAUUGCCGGGUACGUGCAGGGCGGCAAUGUCUAUUGGAACGAUGGGUCGGCAAUGAACUGGAAGCCGCCCGGGUUUGACCCUUCCUCGGCGGCGGACGCCGGGUUUCUUGUGGUGCGAAGCGACGCCUCAUGGGGCGUGUUGGCGUACGACGUGUUUCCGGACACAAUCUUUAUCUGCACCGAUGGCGAGGUGCUGCCGGGCACCACAACCACGACUUCCACGGAGGCGCCUGCUACGACCACAACAGAGGCACCGACAGAGGCGCCCACCAAUGUUUCUGAAGUUGUAGACGCUCUGGCAGGCGCGAUGAGCGCGGUAGGCACUUUUGAUAUCGUUCCUUCGACCACAAAUACUGUGGAGGUGCCUGUUAAAGCAACAGCUUUGCUACAUCAGUUAGACGUACUUCGUCAGAGGCACCAUUACUUUUUUGGUGUAUACUUCGCAGAGAAGGGCGACGCUGUGAAACCGCAGGGGGUUUCGACCUUGAUGCGUGGGACGGGAUCGACACUAGAGUUUAUAGUACCCUUGAGCUUGAUGGACUUGGGUGUGAGGCAGUACCUGACGCGUGUUGUGGCCGUAAACAAUUUGGGGACUUCCAUCUAUCGUCAAACAGACGCUAGGCUUCUUAUUCACUCCGUUGAGGAGGUGCUACAGAACUUAAAAGGCAGUGUAGAAAUUAACGAGGAGGACAUGGUCGAUGGUAGGGACAUCAUACGUCCACUGCGUGUCAUGGGACCGGGUACCAGGGUGCAGCAUACAGUCGCGGUUUCGCCGUCUGCUUUUAGUGGGCUUUCCCUCACCAUGAUCAACCAUCGCAGGGUGGGAAAAGCCUGCGCACCAAGUAAUUUGCCCAUUGAAUUUGUCUUUGCAAAUGGUAAGUUGCAGCUGUUUCUUCCAAGGGAGUACGUGGAGCGCGUGAGGACGGCCCCGAGGAGUCUCUGCGCCUCUGUAGCGGGCAAACACGUCGCCAUUGCGGCCCUUGAAGGGAGGCGAUGGAAAUUCACCGCCGCCAAGUCCAACUACGCGUGGGGGGAACCAAUCCAAGUGCUGGCCUCGGGUGCCUCUUCCGCGGCUGUGGCAAGCAACAUGUAUUCGGCAUUUCUUUCACACUCGGCUCGGUGUACUUCAGUAGAUGAUGGUGUUGUCUCGCUGGAGCUUGAGACUUCAGCUCUACCUGCAGGAGGUUCCACCUCAUCUUUGCCCCGGGAGCAGCAGCAAGAAUUAACGCUUUACCUCAACACUGCUUCGGCCGGAAAAAAGACAGGAUACUUGUGCGCUCAACAUGCAUCGACCGGAAGAAAAAUUCCUAUUGUGUCCUUGGCAGGGUCACGUGUGAGGGUUACAGGUGAGCUGCCUACGAUGCUUCCCUCCGGUUGGGUAGCUUUUUUUAAUGGCUCGACGGGAUCGAUGACGCUGAAGGACGUUGUUUUGCCUUCGCAGUCCGAGAGUGAUGUGGAACACUUUAAUUUCGUUUUGCGACUCAUAACGCAAAACUCCCUGCGUGUUCGCUUUGUCCCUUUGCCUGUUGGUGCUGGCUGGGCAACAAGGCUACAGAGGUGCCGUGGAAACACUGCAGGGAAUGAAAUGCAAUUUGCCGCGAAUGGGGGUAUUCUGCAGAUGAAUACUCCUUUUUUUCCCUCAGAUUCCGUCGGAGUUCUUUGCGCAGGUGCCGAGUAUCUUCGUGUGAACUACAGGGUUUAUGAGCCCUUGCAGUGGCUGCAGCGAUUCGGCGGGUCCGACGCCGCCGUGCUCUCCGCCGUGCUCCCGAGUUUGCCAACUUCCGCUGUAAGGCUGUCGGUCACAAAUUGGGAUGUGUCUGCCCACUUUGCUGUCCGUCUCGCCGUAGAUGGAAGAUGCCACGUUGGUUUCACGGCCAAUGUUUGGCAGGCUUCAGACGCAGCACACGCUGUUAGCUUCCCAAAUACCGUUAGCGGAACGUUCACGCUUUGCGUAGGUGUCUACACCGCUGCUGGGGGGACUUCAAUGUUUGUGUCGACCGAUCGUAAGGUUUUUGUGAUUUCCUAUGAGACAGGUCUAAAGGCCUGGAAAAAGGAACAGGAGGUGUUGUCUGGAACGUGGACGCCGUGUGGAGCUUCUUCCGUGUGCGGGUACGUGUCCCCGCAACCCUUCUUGGAGGUGUGUGGACGCCAGACCGUGACGCAUGCGUGGCCCAGCAUUGUCACAGAGAUGUUUUAUUCCCUCGGAAGCCUCAGUGUGAAGUUGCGCGGGGAGGCUCAGAUUUAUCCUGGGGCCCUAGUGGAGGACAGGGUGUUUGUCAAGCGCGAGAAGUUCAGCUGCCAAAAUCUUAGCCGCGUAGAGGUGAGUGGAGACGGACACCUAUACAGUACAUCAGCUGUGAUAAACCAGGCGCACUCCGUGGUGUCGCUGAAGCCAAGCACACCUCUUGCAGGCGUUGUCCUUGGCUUUGCCACGUGGGAUGAAGGCUGCGACUCCACGUCGAUUCGACACAAAGUUCUUGUUUCCACCGUGGCCCCUGCUGCAGGCCCCGUCUCGGCCUUGGAUCUUGUUUCCUUGCUGGGGGGCCGCGAGGAGAUGUACUUUGUUGUGUGUGUGCUGCAAGCAACUUCAUGGAGGACUGUGUCCCAGACGCACAUCCACGCAAUCCCCAGCGGUGCGGAAGCUAAAAGUGUCGGUGCGGAUGCCAUUGCGACGUUGAGCCCAAACGAACACGAGCGACUUCUUUACCUCUGGCAAACAGGAACAGAGGAGUGGAACAUCGUGGGCUCCUUUCUCCCCAACGUGGCGAUGUCGCUUGCGCUUGUCUGGGAUAACGCUUCUUGUCAUGCUUCACCCGCGUACGCCGCGCUUAUGCGGUACGUUUCUCCCACUACGGCUCUGGUUCGUGUUGAGGCCUCCUUUAUUGCUGCGGCGCCCACACCGACCUCGUUACUGUACCCGUGCUACUCUAUUGAGGGUGCACCUGCCUUGCCACUUCGCAUCGAGCAGCGCCGCAAAAGGUGUGUUGUCAUCUUGAACCUUUCGCUUUCCUCCCUUAACUAUCUUCCGCACUUUGCGAUUCGCUACAACACAACGGAAUACACCACUAUCAUUUUUUCUGACCCUUUGAACGCCCCAAUCACCCAAUUGGAGCUUUUCCUUCUGCCUUCACCCGUGGAAGCGGGUGCCGCUACCAGCUGCUCGCCCACUGCCCAGCGACACGUCUUGUCCCUACUGGUGCAGGUAAAUGAAUUUGGGUUGCGAUACGUAACUAUCGCGCCGAGCGUUCCCGCGAUGCUAGGCUCUGCAGGGCGCGAAGUCUACUUGCGUCUGUGUGCUACAGCCUCGAAGGGUGUCAGUCCAAGUUUUGUUCAAGUUAGUGCGUAUCUUGUCGUUAACAGCAUCGGCUCAGUGACGCAACCGGCUCCGUUUUCCUUGGAGCUUGUUUUUCUUUCUUUAAACAACACCGGCCACCUGCUGCCGCUGCCCAAAUGUGCAGAGUCCGUAAAACGGUACGUUGUUGACGCGACGGGUUGGAGCCUCGAUCAACGAGGGAUUUUGAUAACCUCCAAGGGUAACAAUCGCUUUCUUCUCUUUAUUGAGCCCACUUUGGAAGUGACAGGCGAGGACGCUACCAAACAGUUGCGGGCUGUGUACAGGGCGAUGGCGUCGGGGAAGCACUUGCCCCUGCGUGUUAGUUAUGCAGAUGGACUGUGGUUUGUUCUUUGCUCCGUAGAGGGUGUGCAUCUCUUUAACCAGACGCCCUACGACGAACUUCCGCGCGUUGUUGUGACGGGGUUGGAUGCGGCCAAUGGUGCAUACGACGGGGACUUGACGAAGCAGACUAUUACGAUCUUUUGUAUCGUCAUUGUGCCUGUCGUUGUGGGCUUUGUUGUCUUCUCCCUGCAGCGCACUGUGCCGCGGCUGAGCCUGCCAAACUUGGGCAAAGGCUGGCUGAAGCAAAGGAACGGCAAUGGGAGAGGCACGCGUGCCAAGGCGGCCCACAAUGCAGUUUUCGCCGUGCUGGACUGCGAGGGACCCGACUCCCCGCCCCCGCGCAUCCCGCAUUCGAUGGAGACUGACGUUCACCGCGCCGCCCUUGCGGCGGAGAACUCCGCCGCCGGCCCGUUGUACGACUCUGACGGCGACGAGGCGCCCACCUCGUUGGGCUGCACGCCGCCGCCGCCGCCGCCGCUGCCGGUGGGCAAUGCCACCUUUUCCUUUCGUGAGCACGGAGCGGGCGAAACGAGCAGAGAUAGAAAUGACGAGGAAAACGCGUGA